GGCUGCUUCUUUACUGCACCUACGCUUUUUGAAGAUUUGACUAAAUUUCUUCCGUUCCUCCUCGAUUCCUGCCUCAACUCAGAUUGGUGUCGGGCCGUCUCUCUUGGCCUCGCCGACACCAUGAACAUCUCUCAACCCAUCUCUUCAUCUGUCGAGACGGUCGAGUUCGCAUUCCUUACCGAAGAAGAAAUCAAGGCUAUCUCCGUCAAGCGCAUCGAGAACGACAGUACCUUCGACAAUCUCCUUAACCCCGUCCCCGGUGGCCUCUACGACCCGGCUCUUGGAUCAUGGGGGGAUAGUCUUUGCGCCACCUGUAAUCUGAAUCAGUCUUCAUGCCCUGGCCACGCCGGCCACAUCGAGCUCCCUGUUCCUGUCUACCACCCCGUCUUUCUCGACCAGGUCCUUCGCCUUCUCCGAUCACAAUGUGUUUACUGUAAAGGGUUUCGCAUGCGCCACCGCGAAAUAAAUCGCUACUCGUGCAAACUUCGACUCCUGCAAUAUGGUCUUCUUCACGAGGCUCACCUGGUUGAUGCCAUUGGCGAAGAACUAAAGGGUCUCGCCCUGCCCGGUGUGCCUACCGACUAUGAGAGCGAGGCCGAAGAAGAAGGUACUCUCUCCGUGGACAACGUCAUUGGCGCGAGGGAAGCCUACGUCCGCCAGGCUCUGAAGUCACACAAGCUCAGCCUCGGCGAAGUCAGGAAGGGCAAGCACGAAGGCGCCAUCGAGAUGCGCAGAGAGCUCAUCAAGGACUUCUUGACGCAAAUCACCAAGCCGAGGCGGUGCGACAACUGUGGUGGCAUAUCGCCUGCCUACCGCAAGGAUCGCUUCGUUAAGAUCUUCGAAAAGGCCCUCAGCGAGAGGGAUCUUGCUCAGAUGGCCCAGAGAAAUCUGCAUGUCAAAGACUCCAUGGCAACAACAGCUUGCGCCCGUAAAUCUAAUCCAAAACGCGCCGCCGCCGGUGCCGACGACGGCGUCACCGACGUGGAUACGACUUCAGCCAAUGAAACCGACGUUGAAAUGCGCGAUGCCAGCGGUGACGAGCAGGAUUCAGCGGAUAAGGAAGAGAGUGCACAAGCCGACGCUGUUGCGAUCGCUCCCGGUCAGCAGCGCUACAUCAGUGCAAUGGAGGUUCGCGCACGCCUACGGGAGCUAUUCGAGAAAGAGCAAGACAUGAUGUCACUGGUGUACAACUCGAAACCGAUCACCAAGAAAGCCGCCAAGGUAUCGGCAGACAUGUUCUUUAUUCGGACCAUUCUUGUCCCGCCGAACAAGUUUCGGCCCGAAGCCCGAACCGGCGACUCUCAAAUCUCCGAGGCCCAGCAGAACUCGCUGUACAAGAUGAUUAUGCGGAACUGCAGCAACAUUGCGAGAAUACACCAGAGCGUUGGAGCUACGGACCAGUAUGGAAGACCGAGAAAUAUCACCGACUUACAUCAAGUAUGGACAGAGUUGCAAGAAUCUGUCAACUCGCUGAUCGACAAGAGCAAGAACCCUGUCCAAGGCGCAGCGGCCAAGAGAAACGAGGACGGCAUUAAGCAGAAGCUGGAAAAGAAGGAGGGUCUCUUCCGAAAGAACAUGAUGGGAAAGCGUGUCAACUUCGCAGCCCGAAGCGUGAUUUCCCCCGACCCCAACAUCGAAACCAAUGAGAUCGGCGUGCCCCCUGUUUUUGCACGCAAACUCACCUAUCCCGAACCGGUCACAAGUCACAACUUCAGAGAUAUGCAGCAAGCCGUUGUUAACGGGGUCGACAAGUGGCCCGGAGCAGCUGCAAUCGAGUACGAGAAUGGACAAAUUAUCAACCUUCGAUCCAAGUCUGUCGACGACCGUGUGUCACUCGCCAACCAACUUCUCGCGCCAACCAAUUACCAGAUGAGCGGCAUGAAGAGCAAAAAGGUAUACCGACACCUGACAAACGGCGAUGUUGUCUUGAUGAACCGUCAGCCGACGCUACACAAGCCGUCUAUCAUGGGUCAUCGAGUUCGUGUGCUGCCCGGAGAGAAGACUAUCCGCAUGCACUACGCCAACUGCAACACAUAUAACGCCGAUUUCGACGGUGAUGAGAUGAACAUGCAUUUCCCACAAAACGAAGUCGCAAGAGCAGAGGCCCUUCAGAUUGCCGAUACGGAUCAUCAAUAUCUGUCAGGCACGGCCGGCAAGCCCCUUCGUGGUUUGAUUCAGGACCAUCUUUCAGUCUCCGUUGCGCUCUGUAACAAAGAUACCUACUUUGAUCGCGACUCCUACCAUCAGCUCAUCUACUCGGCUCUCCGCCCGGAGAGUGGCCACAUCUUUGGCGAAAGGAUCGAAGUUCUUCCACCAGCAAUUAUCAAGCCCAGACCCAAAUGGACAGGCAAACAGGUCAUCAGCACAAUCCUCAAGAACAUCAAACCACCCAAUGGAGAAGGCCUUUGGAUGAGUGGCAAAUGCCAAGUCAAGGGUGAACAAUGGGGCAAGAGCCAUAUGGAAGAGGGCGACGUUCUCUUCCAGGACGGUCAGUUCCUGACGGGCAUUCUGGACAAGGCCCAUCUGGGGCCCAGCUCGGGAGGUCUCAUCCACUCUAUCCACGAAAUAUAUGGACCUAGUGUCGCAGGCAAGCUGCUCAGUGGCAUGGGCCGACUCCUCACCAGAUACUUGAAUAUGCGGGCCUUUACUUGCGGUAUGGACGACCUGUUGCUCACACCGGACGGCGAGGCUGCCCGAAAGGACGCCUUGAAGGCAGCCAAGAACAUCGGUCUUGAAGUCGCAGCCAAGUAUGUCUCACUCGAGGACAAGACACCCGACAGCACGGACGCUGAGCUUCUCGUUCGCUUGGAGGAGGUCAUGAGAGACGACAGCAAGCAAGAAGGUCUCGAUAUACUUGUGAAUCAGAGCUCCCGAAACGUAUCCAGCAUGGCCAUGUCAGCCUGUCUCCCGGCCGGUCUGGCCAAGCAGUUCCCCAAAAACCAAAUGCAAUCGAUGACAACCUCUGGUGCAAAGGGAAGCCAAGUCAACGCCAACCUGAUUUCCUGCAACUUGGGACAACAAAUUCUCGAAGGCAGGAGAGUUCCCCUCAUGGUUAGUGGAAAGUCUCUGCCCUGCUUCAAGCCUUUCGAGACGGAUGUUCGCGCUGGAGGUUACAUUGUCCAGCGAUUCUUGACUGGUAUCCGGCCUCAAGAGUACUACUUUCAUCAUAUGGCAGGUCGUGAAGGCCUUAUCGACACUGCUGUCAAGACCUCUAGAUCAGGUUACUUGCAAAGAUGCAUCAUCAAGGGUAUGGAGGGAUUGACAGUAGCAUACGACUCGACGGUGCGUGAUGCAGAUGGUACGCUAGUGCAAUUUCUCUACGGCGAGGACGGACUGGACCCGACAAAGCAAAAAUACCUUACCGACUUUGGCUUCGUUCUUCGCAACGUAAAUUCCGAAACCGCCCAGCUCAAUUUUAGCAAGGACUUCAAAGAAAAGAUUGCUAGCAACAAAGACGACAUCCUCAAACACAUGAAGAGCGCUGUCAAGCACGCCAAGCUCAACAGCUCCGGAGGCAAGGACCCCAUUAUUUCCUUGGUCAACCCUGCAAAAGUAGCAUUCGCUACGUCCGAGAAGUACUACGAGCAAAUGGUCAAGUACAUCAAGGACAAUGAGGACGGUCUCAUUCGCGACAAGUCGCAUGCCCCGUCUGGCCUGGUUAACACACCCACCGUCAGCAAGAAGUCGGCGGAGCUCGUCUUCGCUGCCAAGUACAUGCGAUCACUUGUCGAGGCUGGUGAAGGUGUCGGUAUUGUUGCCGGUCAGAGUGUGGGAGAGCCCUCAACGCAGAUGACACUCAAUACCUUCCAUUUGGCUGGUCACUCGGCAAAGAAUGUCACCCUCGGCAUUCCUCGUCUCCGCGAGAUCCUCAUGACAGCGAGUCGCUCCAUUUCAACCCCGGCCAUGACUCUUCCUCUUCACGAGGAGCUUUCCGCUGCCAAGGGAGAAGUCUUUGCAAAGUCGAUUAGCGUCCUGCCCCUGGCUGACGUUCUCGACACAGCAACCGUCAAUGAGCGUGUCGGCAAGGGCAGCAACGGUGCUCUGGCCAAGUUCUACGAUGUACGACUCAACUUCUUCCCCGCGGAUGAGUACACCAAGGCGUAUGCUAUUGACACAUCCGAUGUUUUCGACACGAUUGAGAAGCGAUUCCUAGAUCACCUUUUGAAGAUCAUGGGCCGCGAGAUCAAAAAACACCGCAGCUACUCCACUUCUGCGACGCCAAAUGUCGGUGUCAAGGCGGGCGUUGUAGAGAUGGCGACCGGCAACAGUGACGCGAGAGCUGUUAACGACGAUUACGAUGCCGAUGACGAUGAUGGCGACGGUGACGCUACGAAUGCCAAAAACAAGGCGAACCGCGAAGAGGCUGUGUCAUACGGACCCAACGACGAUGAGGAUGAUGCGAUCCAGCGACUGAUGGCGCGUGAGACGUCGACGGACGAUGAAGAAGGCUUCGAGGGCAGUCUGGCGCCGGAGGCCGACAAACAGAAUUUGGAUGACGACGAGAUAGUGGGGUCUGACCACUCCUCAGAAAGCGACAGCGGCUGGAGAGCGGAUCGGAUCAAGAGACGGUACCUUCGUGUCACCAACUUCGGCCACGACGAAGCGGGAGAGUGGUGUGAGUUCACGCUCGAAUUCGAAGCAAAUACUCCCAAGGUGUUGAUGCUCAACAUCGUGCAAGCCGCCGUCAAGAAGUCAGUUAUUCAGCAAAUUCCUGGUGUCGGCUUGUGUACGUUUACGGCGGAUCACAAGGUCACGGAUCCCAGCACAGGCGAUGAGGUCAAGGUGCCAGCCAUCUACUCAUCAGGAUGCAACCUUAAGGCCAUGCAAAAGUAUGGUGACUUUAUCAACCCCAACAAGAUUAUGACGAAUGACAUUGGCGCCGUGUUGGACGUGUACGGUGUCGAAGCGUGCCGAAACAACAUCGUCUUGGAGCUAGCAGGCGUCUUCAGAGGUCAUGGCAUCAGCGUCGACAACAGGCACUUGAACCUUAUUGCUGACUACAUGUCACGUAACGGCGACUACACUCCCUUUAACCGCAAUGGCCUGCGCGGCAACGUCAGCCCCUUUACCAAGAUGAGUUUUGAGACGACGCUGGCCUUCUUGAAGGACGCUGUGCUCGACGGUGACUGGGACGAUCUUAAGACGCCAAGUGGUCGUCUUGUUAUGGGCCGCUUGGGGAAGAUUGGCACAGGUGCAUUUGACGUCCUGACUACUCUACCUACUCACCAUGUGUCAUACAAUGUUGAGUAAACCAGAUCGUUUGUCAGUGGUUUCUGUCUCAAUUCUCAUUGCUCUAGGGCCCGGGGUUUGCUAGGAUUGUUUUUUGGGCCAAUGUGUGUUUUUUCUGUGGUAGGUAUGGAAUUGGUAGAGAAGUUAAUGAGUUGAAGGUUAAUCAAUUCGAGUUAUCAAUACACUUGACCACGCGAUUACUGCAGGAGAGCUGACAGAUCAUUUCAGCCUCCAUCCGGUUGAUAACCUCUCAACAUAGUAGUCUCCACGAUACGAACCAUUAUAGCCGGAGUCACUGCGGAAAGGUUUGUGGCUUUGCUGCAGUCCCAAAGGCUGUCAGCAGCUCGGCGAGAAACGGCAUAGUGGGUGU